AUGUUUCCACCAGCAUCAUUCUCCCCUUUCAAUCAACAUCAGCAACCACAACCUUCGCAUCCGCAUCAGCAUCCAUCUCACAUUUCGCAAGUCGACGGCCACAACCACAGGGUCAGUGCCAGCACCAACAAAGUCGCCAUUCCACGCUUAGCGCCAACAACUCCCUAUCGCGCGCGACGACGAUCCGCCCGAGCUUGUGAGACAUGUCGUUUGCGAAAGACGAAAUGCGAUGGCGUGCGGCCUAGUUGUGGGCAGUGCAGGGGCCAGAACAGCAAGUGCGUAUAUGAGGAUAUUAAACGGGUGCGCGAUCAGAAGCUGUUGGGCUUGUUGUCCAAGCGCACGGAGGAGUACGAGUCCUUGUUGCGCGAUUUGGAGGGACGAGUGGAUACGCCUACGGCGAAGAAGAUCCGGAAGGCAUUGAAGGUGUGUUCCAAGGAGCGCAAGCCAUUUCAGACUCAGGAUGCUGCCGCGGCAGACUCCGAUUCGGACACAUCGCAGGGAUCAUUGGAGGCAAUUGAUAUGCUGGAAGAAGAUUUAAAUCGCAAUGAGACGACCCGAGCGAUGGGCUUCUUUGGCAAAAACUCGGAGGUGGCCUGGAUGCAACGUCUUGAAGAUGACAUUGAGCAGAAACAUCUGGGUUCAGUGGGCAUGAACAACAACAAAAUCGACAACAACAGCAAUAACAAUCUCAUCAGCCAGUAUGAGGCAGUCAUGUCCCAGUCAAAAUCACAGUCUCAAAGCCCACCGAUCCCUGAGCUUAUUCUGCCGACUCCGGGGAAUUAUAACGGCGAGAUUCCUCUCGCGAUGAUGAACUACCACCUGGACGACCUCGAAAUUCCAAAUAUCCGCACAGAUGCGGACCCCUUGAGCGUGCCUCCGCGCGAACUCGCAGACAAAUAUUUCGAUGCGUACAUGCAAUUCGUUCAUCCAACUUUUUGCGUUCUGCGCAAGUCGACCUUUACGACGCAGUACCGGCAAUUUUUCGGACAGUUAACUCAGCCCCCCAGGAAGUGGCUUGCCAUUUUGAAUAUGGUCUUUGCAAUUGGCUCGCGAUACUGCAAGCUGCUUGAGCCCGGUUCAAAUUUGGUUUGGGGCGAUGGGCUUUUCUAUCUGGCGAAAGCACGACAGCUGGGCCUGCGCGAUGGAGUCCUGUUUGAGCAUACCGAUUUGCAGCAAAUUCAGUUGGAGUGUUUAGUGGCGGUGUAUCUCUUGUCAUUGGGACAGAUCAACAGGGCAACAAAGUUCUCCGGUCUGGCCCUUCGGGGCGCCUUGUCCCUCGGUAUCAACCUAAACAUCACCGAUACUCGAACACAGGAUGCCUCUAAGGAAGCGCGCUGUCGACUAUGGUGGUCCAUCUAUUCUCUCGAGCAUAUACUCAACUCGAUGCACGGGCGUGCAUCUUGUAUUCGAGAGGGACUUUGCUCGGCCCUGCCCUCGCUGCCAUUUGAAGAAGACUCUUUCGAUGACCCUCAGAUCACCCGUCUCCUUCAAGACCGCGACUACCGUGAAUCUACCCUUCGAUACACGCUCUUUGAAGAAAAUUCCCAAUCACCUGACGGGCAGUCGCCGUCAAAAAGCGAAUCGCGCUGGACGGCAGAAUGCGCCCCGUCCCCGUCCUUGUAUUUCUACCAUCGAACCGACCUUGUGCUUAUCACGCAGGCCAUCUUGAAUAGGAUUUACAGCAUCGACGCAAUUCGCGAAGGAGCCAGCGCAACCGAAUAUCGGUUGCAACUGUACGGACUCCAAUUAGACAAAUGGCUCGCCAAACUUUCGCCUCAUUACAAAUUCACCAUUUCCGACAAUAAACCCUGGCACGUGGACUAUGUCGCAUUGAACGAUCUGUCAGCCCCACAUAUGCGCGAGAAGGUCUCUUUUGCAUUGAAUUAUUACUCUGCGCGGAUUCUUCUCUGCAGACCGUGUCUUUCGCAGCCACAUCAUCAACCCAAUCAAGACCCGACAACCACAAACUCGGACUCGUCUACCAGCCGCAAUCAUCAUGAUUCAAUCCACAGGACGAAAUUGGGUAAGGAGAUGGCGAGGAGUUGUCUCCAGGCCGCAUGCUCGCUCAUUUCAAUCUUCCCAGAGGAAACUGAUUCCAAUUGGAUCGUUCGUGCUACCCCUUGGUGGGGUGUUCUUCAUUAUAUUAUGCAAGCUACAACUGCACUCUUAUUAUGUCUGUCAUUCAUGACCUCCUCCUCCGGCUUAUCGCCAUCGCCAGUUUCAGACUCGAACAACAAGCAGCACCGCCAUUCCCACUCAAUCAAUCAAACACAACCUUCGUCUUCAUCUUCAACUUCCUCAACGUCGCCCUCAACAGCGGCAGCAACAUCCACGUCCACAUCCACAUCCACAUCCCUCAGACCCUCAUUCCUCCAUUCCCUUAGCGGCAAUUCCGCCUCCGGUUCAAAAUCAACAUCCUCCCACUCCUCCAUCAGCCCUCUCCCCCAAUCCCAAGCCCAAUCCAAUUCAGCUUCCCCCCAGACAACAAACUACCUCGACCUCCAACCCCACGACAUCCAAACACUCAUCAUCAGCGCCAAAAGAGGCCUCUCCCUCAUCGCCACCAUGUCCGCCAUCGACCCAGCCGCCAAGAGAGCAUUCUCGCUCUGCGACGGGUUCGUCAGGAAACUUGCGCCCGCGCUGAAUCUUGACUUGAGUGACUGGCCGAGUUUGGAUUCUCUGGCUGGUGGGUUGGAGGGUGCGUCGUUGAGGUACGCGUAUACAUUUACGGACGGUUCUGGGUCUGCGGCUGGGCCCCGUGCUAAUGCCGAUGCUGGCGCGAAUUCUGGUGCUAGUCAAGAAGUUGAAGCGUGGAGAAUGGGUGAUAUGGAUGAAAGGAUGCACGAAGCAUAG